CUGGGGCAUUAUUGUUCAGUUUUGCCCCAGUUUUCAUCACCUUAAGGUCAGUCAAUCUGAGUAAAACUCUUCAUUUUGAAAGGGUCCCAUUACUAUACUUAUACACCUUUAACCAUAAUCAGUAUAGCAAGUUAAAAUUGAAGAAAAAAAUAUUCAAAGUGCUUACAAGUAGAUGUUUUCAGUUGAAAUGUCUAAAUCUGGACAGACCAACAAACUAUCUCAUCUUGACAACUCUCAGCACUCUGGACUGCAACUCUGUGUUUAAAGGUUAAUUUCAUGUAUUACAACGUCUAAACUUUCUUUACUGUAAAGGAACACAACAGUAAACAGCUAGAAAGUGUUUGCUUUUAUUAUUAUGAGUGGCUGCUUUUCGUAUGAUUGUGAAACCCUUUGUGGCACGCGAACCACUUGAUAGGAGGCUGUCUAUCAGGUGUCUGAGGUUCCCUGUCUGCACGGAGAGCGAGCUGUUGCAGCUACAGCAGGAGACACUGUAAGGAAGCGUCAAACAUCUAAAUGCGCAGCUCUCCCUGGACAUCCCAGCGUCUCUGCGUUUGGACGUUCUACAGACUGAAGCUAUAAUGUGGAAAUCGAUGCCAUUUUUCCUGCUUGUGACAGUUUUGUUUUUCUGUGGAUGCUCGAGUUUCGUGUGCCCGAGGACCUGCCGCUGCUUCUCCAACACCAUCAGGUGCAACAACGUAACAGAAGGGUCAGUUCCGAUGAUGGACCACAGGGAUAAAAGACUCUUUCUCUAUCACCUGUCUUUACGAACUAUUUCUAGCCAUUCUUUUGAGGGUCUGAAAAGAGCACAGACGAUUGAGAUUGCCCAAAGCGUCACCCUGAAAACCAUUGAGACAUUAGCAUUCAACAACCUUCUCAACCUCUCUGAAAUCUCAAUCCAGAACACAAGAAGUCUGAUGCACAUCGACAGAGGGGCAUUUAACAACCUUCCCAAACUCCGCUACUUGAGCAUCUCAAAUACUGGUGUAACAAUUUUUCCUGACAUUACAUCAAUCAAUUCUUUUGAAUCAGAGUUUAUCUUGCAUAUAUAUGACAACCUUUAUCUACAAGAAAUACCUCCAAACACCUUUACCGGAAUGACAAGAGAGUAUGUUACAAUGAACCUGUACAACAACGGCAUAAGAGAAAUACAUGAGCAUGCCUUCAAUGGGACAAAGAUCGAUAAGCUGGUAUUAAAGAAUAAUCGAAACCUCAGAGUGAUCCACAUGGAUGCUUUCAAAGGAGCCACAGGCCCUGGAGUCUUGGACGUGUCUGCAACAGCUCUCACAAAGUUACCAUCACAGGGACUGGAGUCGGUUCUGGUCUUGUUAGCUCAGUCAGCAUAUGCCUUGAAGAGCCUUCCACCCCUCCAGGGCCUAUGGAGCCUACGAGAGGCUCAUCUCACCUACAACAGCCACUGCUGUGCACUGCUGAGCUGGAACACUCACAGGGACUUUACAAUUAAUCCUGCAUGGAAUAAUGGCUCUACAUCCUGCGAUGAUCCAUCAGCAAGGGUUCAGCAUGUGAUCGGAGGCUCAGCAGACUCAACUCUACUUGUGGACAUGCCGUUUUUCCCAGAAUUUGACGUGUUUGUGGAGGACGAUGGCUUUGGGGAUGUGAAUUUCCAUUAUCCAGAACUGGACUUCUGUCAGACCCGACCAACAUUAGUUUGCACGCCAGAAGCAGAUGCUUUCAAUCCCUGUGAGGACAUUGCAGGCUUUGGUUUCCUCAGAGUGGCUAUUUGGUUCAUCAAUAUCCUAGCUAUCGCAGGUAACCUGACGGUGCUGCUGGUUUUCUUUACCAGCCGGAACAAGCUGACGGUGCCUCGCUUCCUCAUGUGCCAGCUGGCCUUUGCUGACCUCUGCAUCGGGGUUUACCUGCUUAUGAUAGCUACAGUAGACGCGCGAACUCGUGGUCGCUACAGUCAGCAUGCUAUUGAAUGGCAGACAGGGCCUGGCUGCAGUACUGCAGGCUUUCUGUCUGUGUUUGGUGGGGAGUUGUCAGUUUACACGCUUUCCACCAUCACCCUGGAGCGCUGGCACACCAUCACCAACGCUCUGCAGGUGGAGCGCCAACUGGUUCUUAAGCAAGCAGCAGCUAUAAUGGCAGCUGGUUGGCUCGUCUGUUUAGGGAUGGGGAUGCUGCCCUUGGUUGGUGUGAGCAGUUAUACCAAAGUCAGCAUGUGCUUACCCAUGGACAUAGAGACUCCUCUGGCUCAGGCCUUCAUCAUAAUCAUCCUGCUCUUCAAUGUGGGCGCCUUCAUUGUCGUGUGCGUUUGUUAUGUGCUAAUCUAUCUGGCUGUGAAGAACCCCGAGUUCCCAGGAAGAGGAGCUGACACCAGGAUUGCAAAGCGCAUGGCUGUGCUCAUCUUCACAGAUUUUCUCUGCAUGGCUCCCAUCUCCUUCUUUGCCAUCUCCGCUGCCUUCAAGGUUCCCCUCAUCACUGUUACCAACUCCAAGAUUCUGCUCGUCCUUUUCUUCCCCAUCAACUCCUGUGCCAAUCCCUUCCUUUACGCUAUCUUCACCAAGGCUUUCAGAAAGGACACGUAUCAGCUCAUGAGCGUCAUGGGCUGCUGUAAAAACAAGGCCAGUGUUUAUCGCAUGAAGGCCUACUGCUCAGAAAAUGCAAUCAAGAGCAACUUUGGAGCCAAUAAAAAUGGAUCCCAAACAGGAGCGAGGCUGUCUGCCCUGCCACGUCAGAACCGCCAGCUGAAAGAGGAAGGAGCACUCACCUGAAAAGAGAAACGCAAAACUCUUUUGCACUAAAGAAAACUGAGAAUUCUGCUGGAUUUCAAAAAUAACAAUUCGUCAUCUCUCACGUUGACAUUGUAAUGUCAGGCUGUACUGUUGAAGAUGUUUGUUUUUUUAGCAGAGAGUUGAACUGUAUAUUAUUUUGUGAACUCUGUUAACUCCAAUAGACACAGUGGAGGUUUGGUAACUGGAUGCAUUCACUUGAUUUUCCCUUUUCCCCACUGACAAGCUGUAUAUGACAGAAAAAUCCCAAGUAAAUAACAACAUUCAUGGCACCUGUUAGCCAGUUAAGUGUCAGAGUGAACCCUAGAUAUAUCUACAUUGCCAUAAUUAAUUAUUCCACCAAAUGUGUGCCAUAAAAAAAAAUAUCUGUGCACUUCAAAUGAACAGAAAUCUGCAGAGGAAAGCUCCACAGCAGCUACUUAGUGUAGCUUAAUGGACUGUUUUGUCAGAAAGAACGAUGAAUCUCAGCAUCUCCGUGAAUGAGCAAAACAGACAAAUCUUUAAAGUGCUCCAAGGAUGGAUAUGAACAUCUGAAAUUCCAUAAUAGGAGGGCACAGUUAAUCCAUUCUGAACAAAAAUAUUAACGCAGCAUGCAAUAUUUUACAAAAUUUCAUCAGUUCUUUUUAACGUAGGAGAAUUAACAUUUGUUGCUCCAGCACUCUUAGAAGACAAGUGACACAUCUAUGAGAUUAACAUCUAUGUUAAUGAAGCUGUCAAAGCUGCUUGUAGAACUUUGUCCUGUUUUUCCCGAUGUGAAGUUGGUGGACAUUUUCAGGGAAAACAGGAUCACCUUGUCAGACACGUCUAUCCAGAUCGCCAUGUGGUAGAAUGCCUGUUGUAGCAUGCUGUCUGGACCUACUUCUUAGAUGACAAAUGGUGGAUUUGUGGACAUUCAAGUGAAGGUCUUGUCUGUAUUUGACAUCCAGCAAGCCAACAGCUCUUUUUUCAUCACUUGUGGCAUUGUGUCUUGUGAAUAUCACGAGACUUUAAGGUGGACUUUUAUACUUCAAGGAGUGUCUGUGAACUGGGUCACACUAGCUGAGCAGUGACCUUUAGAGCCACACCUGAUAGGGUGUGAAUUAACUUAAUGGUGAUGAAUGUGUCACCAGGUGAACAACUUAAAGCACUUUUGGUGCACAGUUGACUAAUUCUUUAUGAGAUUUUUAAAGCUUUUUUUCCCCUUAAAUAACACCAUUUGCAUGCUGCCUUUAUGUAUAAGUGUAUAUUACUGGUCUCAUUGUAGCUUUCAAGCUCAGUUGCCAGAUGUGACCACGUGGUGGAGGAGUUGGACAGAUUACUUUGUUUUUUUUUUUAUGUAUUUAUUCUUUAUUUUAUUUAUUUUUGAAGAUCUUGAUAUGGAAAUUAAAGUAGAUCGACUAACGUGUAAGUCUGAAUAUGUAUAAAUGCGCAUAGUGAUUAUUACAAGGUGAUAUUUGUAUCUCAUGUUUUUUUUUUUUUUUAAAAAGAGAGCAUAUGUGGAAAAAAAUAAUAUUAAAAUACAA